AUGUCACAUCUUAGGUGCCAGGUGGACCUGUGGACGCAGAAGGCGAGCGGUUGCGCGUGCCCGUGGGACGACUCGGUGGCAGAGUGCGCGUGCUGCGUGCGCGAGGGCGCCUGCCACUGCGGCCGCACCGCCCCCAACCGCUGCAGCCAGUGCGGGCUCGAGCAGCACUGCAACAACAUGUGCAACAUGACGAUCGACUCGCGCUACCUGAGCGCGCGCUCCGGCAAGACGUUCGGCCAGAUCAAGUCUCCGUCGCUGGAGGGCCCCGGGUUCUGCUGGUACCUGCUGCAGCCGGACUCGGGCCAGCGAGUCGAGAUACAGGUCUACCGGCUCGUCAGCGUCGGACGCUUCAACGGCACCAGCUGCGACGGCGGCUUCUUGCAGCUGGUGGAUGGCCCGCGGCCGGUGCCCCGAGCGACGCACUCCCAGGUCUGCGGCGGCAACGAGCGCUUCACCCCGCCCGUCGUCCUCUUCGCCGACAAGGGGCCUGCCUCGCUCAUCUUCCAGAUUUCGGACCAGACGCUGCGGUCGCAGUUCCUGGCAUACUUCAGCUUCACGCCUUCCAACAGCGCACAAGCCGCCGGCUUUCAAGCUCGCGGUGGGCGCAGGAUCGAGCACACCGAAUGCGACUGGCUGUACCAGGACUUCUCGUGCGGGGACCCAGGAUCGUGCGUCCUGGCUAGCCCCGGAUACCCGGGUCUGUACCCGCCCAACAGGCGCUGCAAGUACCUCAUCACCACCAGCUCCAUACACACGCGCGUCCACAUCAACUUCACCAACCUGCUCCUGCCGCACAAUCACUGCGGCACGGACUACAUCGCGGUGUACCAGGGUUCGACUCCGGCAAGCCCGCUGAUGACGACGCUCUGCUCCAACAGGAAAGCCGUCUUGCAGUACCCGGGACCCAACCUGCUGCUAGAAUUCAGCUCAGGGCCUGCGGUGCCGCCCUACAACUACAACGGUUUCCUGGCGACGCUCGAGUUCUCCAAGGAGGUCGUCACGACGGAAGCGCCGUCUGCAGACGUGCACCGGACCACCGACGCCGCCGUCCUCAUGGACGGAACGAGCGCGCCGCGACCGCCGCCGCCGGCGCCACCCGCCGCUGCGCCGCAGCUGCCGGGGUGUGACGUCACGUACUCGGGGGCGGAGGUCCGCUCGGGCUACUUCGACACGCGCCAGCAGCCGUGGGGUGCCGCCUGCCGCGUCACCUUCGUCGGUCGUCCCACGGACAUCGUGCACGUCUCCUUCUUCAAUUUCCUGCUCAGGUCCCCUUCCUGCCAGUCUUCUGUGGACGUAUAUGAUGGAUUAGCCAGCCCUGGCUCUAAGCCAAUCAACAGGGUUUGCAGUCCCAACACUCGACAUGCCAGAGAUCCUAGUGGCAGGUUUCUGGAUCAGCAGGCGUUUGUCUCGACGCAAAGCUCGCUGACGCUGGUCCUGAAGCGGCAGCUGCCAGCCGCGACAAGCACAGAGAACGAGUUCGUCGACGGUGCCUUCCUCUUCCACGAUGAGCACGUGGAAGGCACGCUGCAGCCGGACUCGCUGUGCGACGUGGCGUACUACGGGCUGAGCAGCAGCCGGGAGGGCGCCGUCACCAACCCGGGCAGCCAGCAGAUCUUCUGGAACAUCGAGGGUGCCCUCCGCUGCUCCCAGAGGUUCGUGCCGGCCGCCAACCAGAGCGUCACACUCACGGUGAACUCGCUGGCGCGGCUGACGCAGGACCCGCACUGCCACACGCAAUGCGGGGACGGCGGCUGCCGCUGCGUCACCAACCUGCUGCCGCUGGCGCAGAUGGACCACCUGCUGCUGGCGACCGACGACGGGCAGUCGCUCGCCUGUCUCUGCGGCGACUUCCAGCAAGAGUGGCUCCCCGUGAGCGUGCGGUCGUGGUCGCCCCUGCGGCUCGUCUACUCGGUGCCGCACUACAGCUGGAGCCGCAAGGGCUUCUCCUUCGGAGCGCUCUACUCCUUCGUCAACGACGGCGUCUGCGGCCGGGCCGUGCUCAACAGGCCCUCAGGUGAGAUACACUCGCGCAAUGUGUCGUCUCCGGGAGCAGGUCUCCGCCUUAACUUCUACUACCACCUGGAGUGCACGUGGAUGCUGGACUCAAAGGUGGAACGCCAGCUCCUCAUCGAGAUGGCCACAGAUCAGAGCCGUCCGUGCGCGGCGUGGAACGUGAGCGUGCACUUGUACGACCCCACCAAGGACGGAGGCGUUGGGGAGGCACUGCACACGUUCUGCCCGAGGGACAGGACCAAGCAGUACUCGCUGCCCUGGAAGACGAACGCGGUGCUGCUCAGGUUGCGUGCCAUGACACGGACGCCGCCCGAGUACUCGGUGCGCUGGCGGUCGCAGGCGGUGCGCGCCAACACGCGCGUCUCGCCGCCCACGCAGUCGCCGGCGGCCGCCGGGCCUGCCGCCGGCAGCCACCCGGCGGCUGGCCGCGACGGCGGUCGUAGCUCGCAGCUGGCAUCGAUACCGCGGGGCGGCCACUCGCCGACACUGGACAGCCGCUUCCCGUCGCAGACAGUGACCGUCCGUUCCUCGUUGCAGCCGCGCGCGACCGUUUGUAACCUCUGUCUCCUCCGACACACGCUGGUGUCCUUCCUCGGUGCCUUGCAGUUGUUCGGAUAG